AUGCACCACAUACGCCACGCGCUCUUCUCCCACCUCCGGCCAAGCCUGGCACGGGCACCGGGCGGGACCCAACUGACGCUGCCUUUGUUGCGGUGGCAGAGUACGCCAUCAGCUGCUGACGAGUUCAAGGUGGGGCGGCUGGCGCGGGCGGUGGUCGACGGCGAGCUGGCGGUCAUCCAGGGCAUGGUGAGGGAGAACGGGCUGGAUCUCAACGCCAUCGAUGGGCUGGACCGACCGGUGCUGUGGCUUGCUGCGCUUGCGGGGCACACGGAGGUUGUGGAGUGGAUGGUGGCCGAGGGCGGAGCUGAUGUCGAGGUCUGCUGCGACGAGACGACGCCGCUGCUCAUUGCUGCUCUCCACGGAGAGGCCGAGGUUGUUGACUGGCUGGCGCACCAUGGUGGCGCCAAUGUGGGCGCGCUGGCUCCAGGGGAGACAUCGGCGGCGUAUCUGGCGGCGCUUGGCGGGCAUGUCGAGGUCCUCGCGCGAGUGGCCAAGCUCGGCGUCGACAUGGAUGCGCCAUCGAGCGACGGCUCGACACCGCUGAUGGUCGCCGCCUCUGCCGGGCAUGUUGGAGCCGUGGAGUGGCUUGUCACCCACGGAGGCGCCGCGGUUGACGCUGCCGCCAGCUCGGGCUACACCCCGCUGCUGUUUGCUGCGGGCGCCGGACACGCGUCCGUUGUCGACUGGCUUCUUGCGCACGCCGGGGCAGAUCCGACAGCCGCUACUGCUGACGGCGGCUCUGCUGCCCAGCUGGCAGCCCGUGCCGGAGAUGUCGCCACUCUUGCUACGCUGGACGCACACGGAUAUGACGUGACUGCGCCGGCGCCGCAGGGUACUACCCCGCUGUGGCAGGCGGUGGCCGCCGGCCAGCUCGACACCGCCAAGUGGCUUGUCGACUCGGCCGGCGCCGACAUCCACGUCCGCGGCGGGUUUGGCGAGACCGUCCUCCAUCAUGCCGUCCAACGUGGUGACACGUCCAUGACCGAGUGGCUCCUUGCCUGCGGCGCAGACGUUGCGGUGGCCACGUCGUCGGACGCUGGCCUCACCCCGCUCAUUCGCGCCGCAGCCGAGGGCCACCUUGACAUCGUGCGAAUGCUCCUCGACAGCGGCGCCAGCGCUAACUCUAUGUUGCGCGACGGCACGACUCCGCUUAUUCUCGCCGCCAACAGGAACCACAGCGAGGUUGCCAAGCUCCUUAUCGCCGCCGGCGCCGACGUCAACCGCCAGGGUCCCGACGGCAUCACCCCGGUCUACGCCGCGCUGGAUCAUCCGGACCUUGUCGACUAUCUCAUCGCCGCCGGCGCUGAUGUCAACGUUCCGUUUAACGGCAUGACUCUGCUGCAGGCCGCGGCCAUGUCCGGCAACCUGACUGUCGUCGAGGCGCUUGUGACCCGUGGCGGCGCCGAUAUCAAUCCCGACACCAGCGCCAAUGCCUCUCGCUCGCCGCGCGCUCUUGCCGAAGCUGCAGGCCAUGAGAGUGUCGCCGGUGACACGGUGUGGCGCACCCGAAAGGCAGGUGCGGCGGUAAAGUCGCUGCUCGCCGACUCACGGGUGGCUGCAGCCAUUGCGCUCGAGCUCGACCCGCAUGCUGCCAGCCGCAUGGCGACCGCGGCCAUGGCUGCGGCUGUGGCACCCGCAUCUGCCUCGCCUCGUCCUGGCCCGUCAUCAUCCUUCGCUCUGCGGACUGUGGCGACGUGCGCGGCCGCUCUGGCCAACGCCUCGAGCAUGUCUACGGGACACGGUCUGACCAAGGACUCAGGCAAGUGGCGCAACACCCGUGGCUCGCGUCGCAAGGCUGCAAAGGCUGCAAAGGCCGCCAGGCUCCAGCGUGUCAUGGCCGCCGGCGCCCUUGGCCGCCUCGCUGGCCAGACUGGCGAGGGUACCAUCGACUCGUUUGUCCUCGCUCCCGCCAAGGCGCCUGUCAAGUUCAAGCAGCGUGCUGCUGAGCGCAAGCGCGCUGCUCGUGAAGCUCGCAUCGCUCAGCUCAUGAAGGACAUGCCCCGCAUCAUCGAGGAGCAUCGCAAGGCCGAGCGCGAGCGCAAGCAGCCGUCCGACUUUGACGCUGCCAUCUUCUGA